CUUGUUACUUUUGGAAUGCCUGGCGUUGUGUGUGGGUGUUUUCUGUUUUCCCUGUACCGGAAUCUCAAGAGCCAAAUGAAGAAGUGGGGAACUGAUUCAGUCGUUAGCGGUGAUCGAUCUGGUGAACAACUAGCACAGGAUUUAACAUGGAGAACAUUGACGAAGACCUGACCCCCGAGCAGAUUGCCGUUCUGCAGAAGGCAUUCAAUAGCUUCGAUCACCAGAAGACCGGUAGUAUCCCCACCGAAAUGGUGGCCGAUAUCCUGCGUCUCAUGGGUCAGCCCUUCGACAGGCAGAUCCUUGACGAGCUGAUCGACGAGGUUGAUGAGGACAAGUCCGGUCGCCUGGAGUUCGAGGAGUUCGUCCAGCUGGCUGCCAAGUUCAUCGUGGAGGAGGAUGACGAGGCCAUGCAGAAGGAGCUGCGCGAGGCCUUCCGCCUGUACGACAAGCAGGGCAAUGGCUACAUUCCCACCUCCUGCCUGAAGGAGAUCCUCAAGGAGCUGGACGACCAGCUGACCGAACAGGAGCUCGACAUCAUGAUUGAGGAAAUCGAUUCCGACGGCUCUGGCACCGUUGAUUUUGAUGAAUUCAUGGAGAUGAUGACUGGCGAGUAAGCAUUGUGGACCCAUCGCAUCUCAAAUUGUCUACCCCCAACACCCGAGGCUUGAAUAAACGUUUUGUAUUUGAUUUCUA